AUGCCAGCAGAACCCACUUUGCUCGAGGUGACUACACAGGUGAACUCUGAGAGGCAGGAGAGGCAUGUCAGCCCUGUCUCAGUAGCUUCCGAGUAUCCAGUUUGGGACUUCAACAUGGAGUUUGACGUGGACCUCUACAGCGGAAGGCCGCUGAACGUGGAGAUCAAGGUCAUGUCCGCCAGGCUUUUCGGCCGGCGCCACUUGUUUUCGGGCUCUCUGAGCGCGGCGAUGGGUUCCAAUGAUGUGCGGCGGCAGGAGAUCUCUCUGGAGUCUGCGCCAAGCAUUUUCGCGGGAGCUGCGGACACGAACUCCCAACUCGUUGUAGCCUGGCAGCUGUGCGAUCCGGAAGCUGCUCAGCCGGAGCUUUCCAGAGUGGCGGAGUCGGGCAGAGAAGCGAUGGACAAGCAAAUGUUCGUAACAAACGUUGGACUUAGGAAGUGUGAGCUGCGCACCGGUUUCGACCCCAACAAGUACGAUGUCUACUUAAGGAUAAGUGGCAUAAUGCUCGACGAUGUCUCGAACGAGGCAGACACAGAGCUGGUUGUCGAGGAUUUCCCGGCAGAGCCAGUGGAUGAUCCAUCCGACGGAAAGACAAAGAAGAACAAGAAUGUGCACGUUUUUCGCUUCAAGAGACCGAGCCAGGGCGAUUCCCAUUUUUCAUGGAGCCUGGUUGCCAGCAAGGUGGACCUUCUAUCGUAUGGCCUUCGAGCAGAGGCUUUCGUCCGCCCAAAGACUUUGCAGGCCGAUGACGAAAGCACCGACGUUGAACAAGAGGAAACCAGCUUGGGUGUGUGGAAGGAUUCCUUGGCCAAUCUUGAUGACCGGAUCGCGUAUCGCAGUCACCAGCUUCACUUCCACGCAUCCCUUCACAACAAGGAGGCCAGCACAACAGCAAAGCUAGAGCUGUUGUCCGACAUUUAUGUGGACGGAACGGAGCCCCACGACGAACCGGUCACUCUGUCCAAGAAGCCCCACUUGGAUGUCUUCACUGGUCUGAUGCGGAAAGGUGGCAAGCAGAAUGAACAGCUCUUCUACGCCUCGGUUGCUGCACUGGGCUUGAAGCAUUUGUCGAACCCGAUCUUGAAAGUUUUCUCGGCAGCGGGUGUCAAAGAAGCGACAAAGCCCAGUUAUGAUGAGGAGGAAGAUCUCACUACAUGGCAGGACUGCUUGGCUGUUGCAACAUCGAGGUCGAGUUCAAAAGUUCGGAUUGAAAUCUGGAGUGAAGCGACCCUGUCACAACCCGGACAACUCGUUGGACAGGCUGUAAUUUCUUCGGCAGCACCGAACAUCAAGAGGUGGAGGCAUGUCUACGGUGCCGCCCGCAAUGGCAAUCUCGAAACACAGGCUGAGCUGAUGGUUCGAGGCCGAUUGCCAGCGAGUACAUGGACCGCCUCUCUGUUGGUUCAUUUCACUCAGCGUCCCGUGGUUCGAGUCGACCUGAAAGAUGCCAUGGUGAAAGAAUCCAUGAAGGCCAUUCUGAAAGUGCGGCUGCACCGUGGGCUCUACCUUGGCUGGUAUGCUAACCAGAACGUGACUGUCCUGGUCCAGCUCGCAGGCUGCUACCAGGAAGCGAAAUCGAGCAAUGGCGCGCCGAGGAAGAAUGCCAAUCUGCUGUCCUUUCCCGGCAAGGUCUCUGAGAAGGGACUGCUGCAGUUUGUCGACGAUACGCCAAAGGGAGGACUGUUCUCCAGUCAGGAGUCGCUGUCGGCGUGGGUUGAAAGACAAACCUCCAAGGUGCUGGAUCUGCCGAAAGACGUCAGCCAUGCUUACCUCUACAUUGUCAGCAAGGGUGAUGAGGAUUUACCACCUUUGGCAUGGGCGAAGUUCCCGAUUUCCGUGCAAGCGCUGAACACGGCACAGUGGACGCCAGUGAGAUUUGACCAAUCAGUCGUCAAGCUGAACGGCAGCAAGUCGUACCAUGAAGACAUGGCAGGAAUGCUUCUUGGGAGCGUCUGCAUACAGACUGGCGAGGAGGAAGACCUGAACUCGAAUCCUGGCGUUCCUUCUGGACGCCCUGCUUCCAUUGACCCGGUGGAAUCAGUAAAGGAGGUCAAGGACAAACCCGAGCCUGAGCUGAAAGAGGAGGCCCCCGUGGUGACGCGACCUUUCUCUUUGUUGUGCUCUGCGGUGGGGGAGACCCAGUUGAACGUGGGCUCUCGGGGCAAGGUGACGGCUGCUCUUGGACAGGUAGAGACAAAGAAGGUGUACAUCCACCUCGAUGUGCUGGCAGCCAGGUCAUUGCCGUCUGGUGACGAGGAUGGAGUUCCCGACGCUUGCUAUGAGGUGAAGGUCGGGGAUCAGACAGCUCUGCUUCACGACAAAGAUCCCUUCUGCUCCUUGGAUCCAGUUUUCAUGGAUCGCCUCACGAUCGGGCCAGUCGAAGCCGAGGUCUUAAAGGGGCCGGAUGGCGAAGACGAGCUGGAUCUGCCGCCCAUAGUUGUCCGUGUGUUGGACAAGGACUACCACACGGUCAGCUCCAGCUUCGAGGUGUUGGGGCGGGCAAUUAUCAACAAUGUGCCGCUGUUGGAGUUUGCCGAAGACGACGUGCCCCACGUCGGAAAAGGAGGAGAAGCAACCGUUAGCAAGCUCGACGCUUUUCUCAACAAGCAUCAUGCAGCUGUUUGGUAUGCACUGAAUUCUGACCUCCGGCUGAAGUUUCGUCGGAAUGCAUUUGGGGCAUCCGCCGACGGCUCCUGGGCGCGUCGACCCCGACUGCUCAUGGCUGCAGGAUACACCGAAGCCAGAAAAACAGACACUUUUAUCGAGAGCUUAAAGAAAGCGAAGACGAAGCCGCCGCACUGGUGCUUCCAGCAGAUCCAGACGGAGAGACACGCUUGCUACAAGAUAAGGGUUGACGUCCUGGGCUUGAGGUAUCUGGAAGCAUGGGCGGGAAGCAAUGAGAACGUGGAGCUCGAAGUCGUGCCGUUCUGGAAGUCGCAGAGUAGAAAGCGCGACAAGAAGGUCUUACGCCUCUAUGACAGCAGAACAACCAGGUUUCUGGAGUCGUCGGACCAGAACCCGAGCUUCCAGACAGCGACGAAGUUCGAUGGAGAAUGCAAAGACUACAUGAAGAGGAUGGAGCAGCUCCUUCUGUUUCAGGGCUUCGAGAAAGAAGCAGAUGUCCCGGAUGGAGGGCAAUCAGCAAAGACAAUGAGGACCGGAACGGAAUCGCGCUUCCUGAAAGCACAGCCAUCAUCCACAGCACAAGAAUGGGAAAAAUUCCGCGUGCGAAAGGAUCGCCUGCUGGGUGCAGGCUUCCAGGCACCCGUGCACACGGUGCCGAUCAUCCCGUACCUGCAGACGGAGUUGGACGACGAGCUGGGUAAGACCCUGGAGCCUGACAAGCCAGAGCCGAAGGAGGCCACUGGCAAAGAUCCCAGCGGCAAGGAUGUGCCCCAGAUAUCGCUGGUUUUCCCCGAACUCGAGGAUGAUUACGUCCUUCUCCCGGAUGUGGUUAUCCGGUUGCGGAAUAUUGAUGAGGACAAGGAUGAAGGGAUUGCAUGCCUCUCUCUUCCUUACAGCGGGAGCAAGUUGCCGAAGGAGGUGUCGAAGAUGAUGCAGCAG